CGCUGCAUAGUGAAUGUUCUCUGGUUUUGUUUUUAAUUAUCUUGAAUAAGACGAAUACAACGAACUUAUUCUGGUCUGUAUUAAAUAUUAUUAUUACUUUGAGGAAGGAUGAACAGAACGAGUUAUAAAAAAAACCGUCCAUUUGAUUUUAAAUUAAUAUCUCUGGUAGAACCACAUCCAGUGCUCUAUCAUCGACAUUGGGGUGGGCUUUCAACUUUUGAGUGCUUGAAGGAGAAAAAUCGUAUAUGGAAUCAAAUUGCCACAGAAAUGGAAGCCAGUCCUAACUUCUGCCUCAGCCGUUGGAACAAUUUGAGAAAUCAUUUUCAACGCGAACUUCGCCACUGUCACGAGCUAUGUCCCAAAGAAGGUAUUAUUCGUGGAUCAACAUGGCCUUAUCUAGAGAGAUUGCGCUUUCUCGAGGGAACUAUACGUUUCAACAAGCCUGAUAAACCUUUCCGAACUAAUAAACGCGAACAAAAAUGUCUCCACUUGAAACAUUUAGAUGCAGAUGAGGAAAUAAUGUGCGACGGGGUAACAAAUGAUAGCCUUCCGAAUAAUGAAGGCUUUGUUGAAUUUGAAGAACUAGCAAAUGAGAUUUUCGAAAAUGAGGAAAGUGCUGCAUUGUCAGGUCCCGACGAAUUGGUUCAAGAGCGUUUGACAAACUUCGAACAAAUGGCGGAGUUAUUAAACAACAUUCGCAACGAAAGUAAAAUAGAAAUUGAACGUCGUAUAAUGGCUUACCUGUGCAAAUGCCAAUUAAGAGCACUAGUAGGUGAGGGGAUUAAUGACCUGACAAUCUAAAAAACAAUUUUCUCGGUCUAAAAUUACUCUACCAUAUUUUUUGUGGUUUUACUUUAGUACCUAAAAUUUUAAUACUUAUAUAUAUGUCCAAAAAACUAGAAAUAAAAAUAUGUUCAUGUAUUUUA